UUCAAAGUGUUUUCUAACUUGUGGGUUUGAUUAUAUUAUUUUUAGGAAGAAUCCGGUGAAACAUUCAGGCAUGAACCUCCUAACUGCAGAUCGUUUGCCAUUGCAGGCAAAGCUGGUGGAGAUAAAUGGAGAUCCAUGUCUCAUGCUGAUAAACGAGUAGCUUCUGAUGAAGAUGAAUCAGAUUCAGACGAGAGUGAAGAGGUUGUUAACUCAUUUUCGGAUACAGUCAAACCCAAAAGACCAGCAAUUGCCUUUUUCUGUUUCAUGGAAGAAUCUAGACAAACAUAUAAGAAUGAACAUCCUAACAACAAGGCAGUCAUCGUUAUAGGCAAAGCUGGAGGAGGUAAAUGGAAAUCAUUGUCUGGUGCUGUAAGUGAUUUCUUUAGGGACAGAAGUUUCAUUUUCAUAAAAAUCUUGGAACUUUAUUUGGUUAAAUUUAACAUUUGUCUGUGAAAAAAUAAAUACCGGAAGUAGAAAAUGGUUUUCUUAAUAUAAUUUUCUGAUGUCUUUUAUUUUCACUACUCAUUUGUGUGCAUUGUUCUUUCAAUAUAUUUUUUUUAUUGUUGUCAUGAUUUGGUAGAGUGAAGGAGUCAGACGAAUCAUUUGACUUCAACAAGUCAGACGAAUCAGAGUCCGAUGAAGACAAUGAAAGCGAAGAGGUAUUUCUUUACAGACCCUAGUUUGAUAUUUUUCGUAGAAAUUCAUUGAAAGUUUUCUUUCAACAGUUAGUUGAAACUGUGUUCAAUCAAGAACCGGGGUUGCUAAGAGUAGCCUUAAACCCGAAACCCUGUAUGCUUCAAAACCUUUAGUGCUCGAUGGUUUGACCUUUGGGUCCCUGGGAAUGGGGCCAAUAUUAGAAUAUGGCUAAACAAUUGGAUUCCUAGUCAAGUCUCGUGCAAUGACGAACCUUCUGAUGCUGAUAGUGUUGCUGUAUUGUCGGAGACUUGGUGACCCGCUUGUCAUUGCAUCAGCUGCUAUGGUGCUCAAAAACUUGAUUUUUUAUAUUGUCAUGAAAUGUCAAAUAGAAUAAACUAUUAAAACUUCUUCAUUAGCUCUUUAUGUUCCUUCUGUUUUUUGCUCGAUGCUCUGUGAUGAUAUUGUUAGGUUUAGAGUAUGAAUACAUUGUGUAAAUUCCAAUCUUUACUGGGAAAUGCAUUCAUAACAGCCUACAGUACCAAGUAAAGCUAAAAUCAGAUGCAUGUUGCACAAUAUUAUACGGUUCAAACAUAAAAGCUGUCAUCUUAAAUUAUUUGUUUGUUAAGUAUGAGUUGUAGUAAAUGUUUGGAAAUCAAAUUCUUAAUAAUUGCAACAACUUCAUAACCAGGAUCCAUUUCUUCAAGGACUGAAUAAACUCUGGUUGUCACUACACGAUUAAGAACAAUAUAGAAGUAAUACUAUUACUAUGCGUAGGGUUCCUGAACUUUGUGUCUUUGUGUAUUGCUCUAUCUGGAGAAUAAAAUAUGCAAAGCAGCAAAGACUCAUAAAACAAUAUCUUCGACCAUAUAACAACUGUUAUUACGGUCGCCAGGUUCACUCACUAAAUGCCAAGCAUUGUUGGAUAACAACUCUUAAAUGCAACUGAAAAGCCGUUGGUUGGAAAAACCUUCCCCAGACUUGUUUGGCGAAAAUAACUGGACUAUUACUAACAGAAGGAUCAUUGUUUAUUGUUUCGAUCAUGUAGGUAGAUUGGCACAGACCUAAAGUGCCUACCAGCGCCUAUUCCAUUUUCAUGGAAAUAUUCAGACAACUAUACAAGGAAAAGCAUCCGAACAAUAGAUCUGUCUGUGUUUUAAGUUAUCACGGCAGAUUUACCUCAAUUUCUCUACAUAUCAGUUCCAUUUGUGCUUAUCAUCUUAUUUGCUUUACUUUAUUUCAGAACCAAAAGGUAAGCAAAGCUGGGGGAGAUGGAUGGAAAUCAAUGUCCGAUUCUGUAAAUAGCUUCUCUUAUGAAAAAAAAUGUUUGAUACGUUUUCCAUUCCAAUUAAUGUUGGCUUUUGCUAGCUUUAACUUUUAUUCUUAUUACAGGAGAAAGCUCCUUGUGUAGCAACUGAAAAGCAAAGCAAAAUCGAGUAUCUCAAAUACAUGAGAGCGCAUGAGAAGAAGAUAUAAAGCUGUGCAGCUUUGAAGGUGCGAACUCUUAAAGAUACAGGAGUCAGUUUGGGGUUAUCAUUUCCUUCUACAAACAUUCUUAUGACAUGAUUAAUGGAUGAUAACAGUGUAGAGGAUGUUGAAGAUGACAACAGUGAAGACGUUUUUUCUGCAUAAAAUAAUUUCAUAAGAAUUCUUUUGGUUGCCGAAAGAGGAUGAAGAGUAGAAUGAGGUGAAGUAAAGAAGAAGAUGAUUUAGCUGGUGUAGUUGAUCACUAAUACUCUUGAUUUAGCUGGUGUAGUUGAGUGUUUUCACAUGUAGAAGCUUAAAUCUCUGUAGUACAAUCUUUAUUCUUGUGUGUAAAUUUCAUGCGUGUAAAUUUUAACCUUUUGCAGCUAAAUUAUUAAUAGAUUUUGUUGUAAAUUACAUUUAUAUA